UACAGUUGAAAAAACAAUUCGGCAUGAACGCGUCGUGUAUUUUUCUAAGCGCCGGAAUUAAAACAUUUUCCCUACGCGAAAAAUAAGUACAGAAGAAAACGCUGUACACAUAAUUAACUGUGUAUUAUUUCUAAAAGGCUCAGAUCACUUUCAACAUUCUUUCAAGUUUUAUUCGUAAAAAAAGAAGUCCAAGUCCUUAAAUUUCAGAUAGAAUCAUGUUGAAAUUUAUUCGCGGAAAAGGACAGCAACCAACAGCGGAACGUCAACGACUUCAAAAGGAGCUAUUUGCUUAUCGGAAGACCGCUCAACACGGAUUUCCGCACAAGCCGUCGGCUCUGGCGUACGAUCCAGUCGCCAAGCUCAUGGCAAUUGGGACACAAACUGGAGCCAUAAAAGUGUUCGGUCAACCAGGCGUCGAGCUUUAUGCCCAGCAUACUUUAGUCAAUAAUUUGGCAUCUGAACUAAAUGUGCAAUUACUUGAAUGGGUUUAUGGCACUGGUCGCAUUCUCUCACUCACCGCUGCCAAUCAACUGAUAUUGUGGGAGCCAGUGGGAACAACGCUUGUGCCUCUUAAAACACUCCCAUUCGAUGGCAAACUAAAAAAAGUAUCUUCUUUAUGCUGUUCGCUUAAUAAAGAUCUUGUAUGGAUAGGAACCGAAGGAGGCAAUAUAUAUCAAUUUGAUUUAAAGUCAUUCUCGAUCCGUGAACCUGUAAUUUAUCAUGAUGUGGUACUGGAGCAAGUGCCACCAACCUACAAGCUUAAUCCAGGCGCUAUUGAGUCCAUACGCCAGCUGCCAAACGCAUUAAAUAAGCUGCUUAUCGCUUACAAUCGUGGUCUCUGUGUAUUAUGGGACUUGGACAAAUCGGCUGUUGAGCGUGCCUACAUCGCACCCGGGCACGGUCAAAGUGUGGGUCUCUAUGUAAAUGCCAAAGGUACGGAAUUCAACUGGUACCACGCGGACGGGUCUUAUGCCACCUGGAGUAUUGCAAGCGGAGAGCCGCCUCAAAACGUUAAUUACGUUCCCUAUGGCCCGGAUCCGUGCAAAAGUAUCAAUCGGCUGUACAAAGGAAAACGGGGAGCAAAUGACAUAAUCAUUUUUUCGGGCGGAAUGCCGCGAUCGGCCUAUGGAGAUCACAACUGCGUCUCUGUGCAUGCGAGUGACGGACAAAAAGUCUGUCUGGAUUUUACGUCCAAAGUGAUUGAUUUCUUUGUGACCUACAAAGAUGAUGGCGAAGCUUUACAGAUGCUGAUUGUACUGCUAGAAGAAGAGCUUUGUGCCUACGAUCUCACAGAUGCGAAAGUUUCGGCCGUUAAGGCGCCAUAUCUGCACUCGGUGCACGCCUCGGCAGUGACAUGUAACUACCUGGCAUCCCAAGUUACCCAAGUGGUAUACGAGCGAAUUUUGAGUGCUGGUGAUGAACAGGAUUUGGACUACAGCAGCAUAAACUGGCCUAUUACCGGUGGUGUGCUUCCGGAGCAGCCUAUAGAAGGUGAUGCUAAUGAUAUAGAGAUUUUAUUAACUGGACACGAAGAUGGAUCCGUCAAGUUUUGGGAUUGCUCUGGAGUGCUGCUUAAGCCCAUUUUUAAUUUUAAGACGGCCAUUAUAUUUGGACAUGAAGAAACUGAGGAUGAUGAUCCAGCUGCAAUUGCAUCGGAUGAGCAACUGGAUGAAGGAGAGCCACCAUUCCGUAAAGCUGGUCUAUUUGAUCCGUAUUCUGACGAUCCUCGUUUAGCUGUUAAGAAAAUAGCAUUAUGCCCAAAAACCGGACAGCUGAUUGUUGGGGGUACCGCUGGACAAAUUGUUAUCGCCGAUUUUCUGGUUGACACUAAAGACAAUGCUAAUGGUACGCUAAAAGUUAGAUCAAUGAAUUUGGUCAGUGAUCGCGAUGGAUUUGUGUGGAAGGGCCAUGAUCAGUUAAACGUGCGUGCCAAUCUAUUGGAGGAACAUGCCGCACCAAUUUCUGUAAAUGGUGUCAAUAUCACUGGCGUACUACAAGUGCUGCCUCCUGCAAGCAUCACGUGCUUAUCACUGGAAGCCAACUGGGGUCUUGUCUCCGGCGGUACUGCACACGGACUGGUUUUGUUUGAUUAAAAUUUCGUUCCUGUCUUUCAUCGAUGCACUCUCAAUCCUAAUGAUAUGACCGGUGCUGGUGAACAGCUGUCACGUCGCAAAUCCUUUAAGAAAUCACUUCGGGAGUCUUUUCGCAAGUUGCGCAAGGGAAGAUCGACUCGAAACAAUCACAGCAAUGUGGUGCCGACUACGUUAGAGGCUCGACCUGUUGAGCGGCAAAUUGCGCGUUGCACAGACGAUGGCAUGGGAUCCAUGGUGCGUUGUUUGCUUUUGCUAACCUACAUAACGAAUGUAAACAUUACUUCACCCACUUUGUGGUCUGCCACAAAUGCCAGCACUGUGUCCGUAUUUCUGUUGCAUUUACCACCGGCACAGACAGCAGCCACUGCUUUACCACCUGCAAGUGGAAAUGCAACGCCGCAGACGCCACGUCGCAUCUCUGCACAAUUGGCCAAAGAGAUUCAGCUAAAGCAUCGCGCUCCAGUCGUUGCAAUUUCCAUAUUUGACCAAACUGGCUGUCCUGUCGAUCAGUUCAACUACGGUGAGAAUGGCACUCCGCCCCAUCGUGUGCUUAUUGCCUCUGAGGAGCAGUUCAAGGUCUUCUCUCUGCCGCAAUUGAAGCCAAUCAACAAGUACAAACUGACCGCAAAUGAAGGCGCGCGUAUACGUCGUGUGCAUUUUGGCUCCUUCAGUUGUCGCGUUCCGCACGAGCUUUUGCAAGGUCUCAAUGGCAGCAGCCCCACGAAAUCGACUUCAAAUGAAGCUGGCGACGGAGGAGGGGCUAAUUCAAGUAUUUCACCAGCUGAGCUGUACCAUGAGAUGGCAUUGACUUGUUUGACCAACAUGGGCGACAUUAUGGUGCUAUCAGUGCCAGAGCUUAAGCGCCAAUUAAAUGCAGCUGCAGUUAGGCGAGAAGAUAUCAACGGCAUUUCAUCAUUAUGUUUUACUAACGGCGGCGAGGCCCUGUACAUGAUGUCGUCAUCCGAAUUACAACGCAUAUCUUUAGGUACCUCCAAAGUUAUACAGCCAACGGGUUGCGUUGAAAUCGAGCCACUCAUGAGCGAGGACGUCGAAUCUACAGCACCGAGCAAUGACGAGGAUGACAAUGACAGCGAUAAGGAAAUCGAUACAAAUGAUAAUGAUGUUAUGAACAGUGCUGGAAUGCUGGAACCACCAGUUGCCAAGCAGCGUGACAAGCCACUCAACAUUGAAAACAAUAGUGUAUUGCUUUCAAACGGCCUAAGUAGCGGCAGUUCACCCAAUCGGGCCAACGAGACUAUUACCAGUUCCAUAGGUGACAUCACAGUCGACUCUGUUCGCGAUCACCUAAAUACUACAACAACAACCCUAUGCUCCACAACAACUGAGGAAACUGUCGGUCGUCUGUCGGUGCUCAGCACGCAAACAAAUCAAAGCACUACCACCGUCAAUCUGAAGGACACACCCAACAUUAAUAUACCCAAUCUACAUGAUUUAGCUACAAAUAGCAAUACAACGGAAACAAGCACCAGCUCUGUCGUCAUAAAAUCCGUAAUAACGAGUAUAUCACAUGAAAAGACCAAUGGCGAAAGCGAUAUCUUAAAGACUAACAUUACAACGCAUGAGGAGAGUCAGUUUUAGAUGCAUAUUAUGAUGUAUAUGAACGCAAAACACACAUUUUAUUAAUAUAAGUAAACUUUAAUAUUUUACUUUUGCAUAUUUACAUUAAGCUUUAAGUUAAUAUUUCACAUAUACACAUAUUUUGUUCAUAUAAUGUAAGACACAGAGGCCAAAUAAAUUGGCUCUUAAAUAUUUGACGUAUUUUACGAAACUUCCAUUUUAAUUAAAGCAAUGUGAGUUUCAUAACAAAGGCAUUUUUAAAUAUUUUUUAUGUUUCAGUUUGACAAUAUAAGCAGUAGCUGAAACGCUAUAGUAUAUAAUCUGAACACAUUUCCAUAUACAAAUAUCAACAAAAGUACAACAUAAAAUCUUUGCUUUAUAUUAGAUAACACUUUGUUACAGACUUUUAUACAAGUAUUAAAACAAUGUAAUGUAUAUAUAAAAUAUA